CGUUAUUUUUUAGGAACCAAAAGAUCAAAUGGCAUCAAGAAUGUUCAACGCAGGAGUAAACGAGGGACAAUCAACCACGAGGCCACCAUUGUUCGAUGGAACCAACUACUCGUAUUGGAAGGAGAGAAUGAGAAUCUUUAUCCAAUCCAACGACUACAAGCUGUGGUUGAUUGUGAAGAACGGCUGUGGAGUCCCGAUGAAGAAAGUCGGUGAAGUCAAUGUUCCCAAAACCGAAGAAGAGUUCACCGACGAAGAUUGCAAAAAGAUGGAGCUCAACGCCAAGGCAAUAAACAUGAUUUAUUGCGGUAUUAACGCGGAUGACUACCGCAAAAUCUCGCGGUGUGAAACCGCAAAACAAAUGUGGGAUAAAUUGGAGGUCACCUACGAAGGAACCGCGCAGGUUCGGGAGGCCAAAAUUGACCAUCUCACUCACGAGUAUGAACUCUUUUCAAUGAUGGAAAAAGAAAAGAUUGAGGAAAUGUUUGAGAGAUUCUCUAACAUCAUCAAUCCCCUAAAUCUUCUCGGGAAGACAUACACCGACCGAGAGCUCGUGAGAAAGGUGCUGCGAAGCCUAUCUCCUAAAUGGCGUUCAAAGGUGGACGCAAUCGAAGAAGGUCGUGACUUCCAAACAACGACCUAUGAUGCUCUUUGAGGAUAAUGUGAUAUCUCGCGGGCACGUUGAAUGUAGGUCUUUGGUAUCCCAAAGGUUCAACAUGUCAUCUUGUUGGCUAUUCCGACUCGGAUUUUGCAGGUUGCAAACUCGAUAGGAAAAGUACCAGCGGUACUUGCCACUUAUUCGGUCAUUCGCUAAUCUCGUGGUUUAGUAAGAAACAG